AUGGCACCCAAAUUCAAGGACGGCGACGUUGUUCUCGCAUUCUCUGGCAAAUGGGUGUCCUGGGCGCAUACUGCAGCUGCUUACAGUGCCUUCCUCAGUGCGCUCAUCGUCGGCGUUGCGCUGCAUUACCACAAAAUCGUCGAAAAUGAAUACUAUGGAUAUCCUGACGAGUGGUUCCCCUCGGUCUCGGCAACAAUUGGGGACCGGUACCCCGAACGCUCAUCUUUUAUGUUGUUUAUAGCUAUAACAUCAGGUCCGCGUUUUGCUCUCGUAGGCUUGUGGUACCUCCUCACGGCUCGACCUAACUCGAAUCUCCCUAAGUUCGUUGCUGGUAUGGGCGUAUUCAGAACUCUUACAUGCGGCGGCUGGACAUAUGUCACUUCAACGGAUGAUCACGAUUGGCACGACAUUUUUAUGAUAUCUUAUUUGGUUGCAACACUGCCUUGGACUUUGGGGUGCCUGGCCUUAAGUCCUGAUAACCCAAGGGCUAUAAAAUACCGCAAAUAUCUUGCAGGAGCUUUCUUCGGUACCCUUGUGCCUCUGAUAUACUUCUUCAUCCAACACAAAGUCCACAAAGUUGCCGGAGCAUACACAAUUUACGCGUUCUUUGAAUGGGCUUUAAUUUUGUUUGAUGUGGCGUUUGAUUCUGUCACAGCUCUCGAUUUUGAGACUUUUGAGUUGGUAGUCAGGGAUGUGAAAGGCUCAAGCAAGGGAAAAAGCAAACUGGUGGUCGAAAAAAUUCUUCAAGACGAAAAAGAUCAUCAAGUCGCCCAAGUAUUUGGUCAGACAUUCUCGUUUAGCGAAGCCAUCGACGCGGUGGCUGAUGUAUACAAUGGCUUCGUGUUCUGGUCAAUGUUGACCUCACUGGGUGUUCUCGUGUGGUAUUUCCCCUUAUGGCAUAUGGGCAUCUCAGGCUACGAAGCUUUCGUCAUGGUGACGGUCUCUCCAUCUCUACUUGCCAUUCGGUCCCUGCGGUUGCUAGUAGUGAAGAACCUUCGCAUGUGUCACUUACUUUCACUCGUUGGAUUGUUAGCAUAUCAGAUUAAUGAUCCGGCUACUCGAUUGUUCACUGUUGGAUUCGCUGUGUGGAUGUCCUGCUUGUCAUGGGCUGCGACCUGGUAUUCGGAAGGCGGUCAGCCAGCUCGCCUGGAGUCAAAGAUUUCUGCAUGGACCGUUGGUCUGAUUGCAUCUAGUGCUAUCAAAUUUGCGUGGCAGACUAGUAACCCUAUCUGGCCAACAUCGCACUCUGAAAACGGUGGCCACAAUGGUCUUGGUUUUAUCCUCGCGCUUCUAGCUGUCCUGCGAUCCACACGACAGACUCCACUCACCAGCAAUGACCUCGCCAUCCAAGGACGGAAAGAAGGCUCAUCCCUCCUCGCUGGCUUGGGUAUCGGAGGUCUUUUCUUCGGUCUGCACUCGCUGCUGUCAGACUCCAGUACCAUGAUUUUAUGGAAUUGGGAGGGAUUCCCUGUCCAAGGACCUAUUUCAGCACCUCACGGCGCUGUUACAAUUGCUGCUAUGGUCGGUGGCCUACUGAUUGGACUGUUUAAUGAUACCUUGGCUCGAGGCUGGACAUUAUAUGGCCUAGGUUGCAUUGGUGCUGCAAUUCUCACCACUGCUACCAACUGGACUGGCUAUUAUGGAGGUCUGGCUUUGGCCGCAUAUCUCAUGGCAGCAUCGGUACCCUUGAUUGGCUCUGCCGCGAGAAAAAGCCCAGCUGUUACAUUUGGCUUCGGUUUCCUAGUUUACAAUUUCAUGGUCUUAUUCCAUGUAUGGGUAGUGGCCUAUGCUUUCGUACCCGGCGGUCCUCUCGUCCGAGAACGCACCGACUGGGUCAUGCUAGCUACCAUGCUUCUCAUCGGUUGUGGGGUCUUCACAUCGGUCUCCUCUACUCCGGCUGCACAGCGCAAGCGCUUCAAUGCGUACCUAAAUUCUCGGAAACAGCGAUCCUAUUACAUUUACAUACUCGGUGCGAUUCAGCUGUUUUCUGUCGCAAUCGCGUACCUCAGAUUUCCGACCUAUGACUACGUCCCCUAUCACAAGGAUGACAAAAUUCUUACUGCCGGAAUCUGGACUAUUCAUUUCUCCAUCGACGAUGAGGGCUAUUCAUCAGAAUAUCGUAUGCGAGAUCUGAUCAAGGAGCUUGAAAUUGAUGUUAUUGGACUCCUAGAGUCUGAUCUUCAACGUAUCAUCAUGGGUAAUCGUGAUACUACGCAGUUCCUCGCGGAAGACUUGGGAAUGUAUGUUGACUAUGGACCUGGCCCUAACAAGCAUACUUGGGGCGCAGCUCUCUUGUCGAAGUUUCCUAUUGUCAACUCAACCCAUCACCUCCUUCCUUCACCAGUAGGCGAAUUGGCUCCAGCGAUUGAGGCAACACUAGAUGUCUAUGGUGAGAUGAUCGACGUCUUCGUCUUCCAUUCUGGGCAAGAAGAAGAUCCGGAGGACAGGAGACUCCAAUCCGAAUACCUAUCCAAGCUCAUGGGCGCAUCACCCCGCCCAUCUAUCCUCCUUUCUUACCUCGUUACUAGGCCAUUGGAGGGCAAUUAUAACACGUACGUAUCGAAUGUAAGCGGCAUGCAUGAUAUUGAUCCCUCAGAUUGGGAUAGAUGGUGCGAAUACAUCCUCUACAAAGGCCUCAAGAGAACCGGAUACGCAAGAGUCUCAAGACACACAAUCACAGACACAGAACUUCAAGUCGGGAAGUUCCUCAUUGGCGAGAAAGAACCCAAGACAGCAAAAGCCCGCAAUGCGCUUAUAAAGGAAGCCCAAGUCCCUGAAGGAAGGCGCUUCCCGCAAUUGUUCCGCGGUGAGGGGGUUAGAGGGCAUAAGUAUCACGUCUUUGACGAGCCAAGAUAUUAUGCCUAA